AUGAACAUGAAUCCCAGGACGCACAUUAUCAGUCAGAUGCAAAAAGAAUGCCUCGUACACUUCUUAGAGGACCAUGAUUUUCUGGUAAAUCCACGAAAAAAACCCGGUGAUUUAGAAAAAUGUAAUAAAACUUGGAGAGAGUUAAUGAUAUUACUCAAUUCUAAGGCGGGACCAAAAAAGACGGUACACCAGUGGAAGGAAACUUUAAACGAAUUAAAAGCAACAGCAAGAAAAAGAUCAAGAAUAAUUGAAUUUCAAUCUACUGGUCCCGAAUCAAAACAAACUGAAAAAGAUCUGACACCUUUAGAACACCGAUUAUUACUACUUACAUCGGACAGAUAUGUUCAAAGUCUUGUAAAAUACUAA